CCUUCCACGCGCAGGCCAGCCUGACGUCACGUGAGUGGCAGCGAGGCGGCGCGCGCUCCCCCGGCUGCGCCCGAGCUCUGCCAGCCGUCCCCUUGACUGUGGAAGAGUCGGGAGAAAAAAAGUUUCGUGGAAAUACUGCAAGUUACACAGCGCGCAGUUGCUGCGGGGAUUCCCAGCGCGGCGUCCGGCGUGCCCUUCACUCGCGAGAUAUUCUUCUCAGGGACUUUGUGGGACGUUCUGGCCGUUUUUGUUAGUUCCUUUUGCUUCCCACCCCUGGCCAUGUCGUUCAGGAAGGAACUGGAGAAGUACCGGGAUGUGGACGAGGACGAGCUCUUGAAAAACCUCUCGGAGGCGGAGCUUAAGAAGCUGGAGGAUGAAUUAGAAGAGCUAGAUCCAGAUAAUGCCCUGUUACCGGCAGGACUGAGGCAGAAGGAUCAGACGAAGAAGGCCCCGACAGGCACCUUUCAGAGGGACAGCCUUCUGGCUCACUUGGAGAAACAGGCCAAGGAACACCCAGACAAGGAAGACCUGGUGCCCUACACAGGAGAGAAGAGAGGCAAAGCCUGGGUGCCGAAGACGAAGGCAGCGGACCCCAUCAUGGAAAGCGUCACGCUAGAGCCCGAACUGGAGGAGGCCCUGGCCAGUGCCAACGAUGCCGAACUGUGCGACAUUGCUGCUAUCCUGGGCAUGCAUACGCUGAUGAGUAACCAGCAGUACUAUGAAGCUCUUGCCAGCAGCACAAUUGUCAACAAGCAGGGCUUGAACAGUGUGAUCCAGUGUACCCAGUAUAAACAAAUCCCAGACGAGCAGCCCAACUCAACAAACGUAGAGGAUACCCUGGAGAAAAUCAAGAGGAAUGAUCCCAGCUUAUUUGAGGUCAACCUGAAUAAUAUCAAGAACAUUCCCGUUCCCACGCUAAAGGCCUAUGCAGAAGCUUUAAAGAGCAACAACGUAGUGGAGCGAUUUAGUAUUGUGGGAACUAGGAGUAAUGAUCCUGUAGCCUAUGCCCUGGCAGACAUGCUAAAGGUCAACACCACCCUGAAGUCCCUCAACGUUGAGUCCAACUUCAUCACAGGAGUAGGCAUUCUGGCUUUGCUGGAGUCUCUCCAGUCUAACACCACCCUCCUUGAACUCAAGAUUGACAACCAGAGCCAGCCAUUGGGUAACAAGGUGGAGAUGGAGAUCGCCAGCAUGCUGGAGAAGAACACCACCCUGCUCAAGUUUGGGUACCAUUUCACCCAACAGGGUCCACGUCUGCGCAGCUCCAACGCCAUGAUGAACAACAAUGACCUGGCUCGAGUGGUGCGGUCCGAUACGGACGGUUCCUUUACGCUCACCUUGUCUGUGCCGGAGCUGGAGAAGCAUUUCAAAAAAAAGUUCAAGACCAAGUCAAAGUUCAAUACGAAAGAGAAGGCUUGAGGGGGGGCCCAUCUUUCCCAAGUGUCGGGUGAAUGUGUAGUGGACCCCCCCCCUUUCUUGGACGGAGGGAGGUUUGCCUGGACAGCGACUCCCUUACCCCUCCCACACCCGACCCCCCCCAUGUUUGACAGCACUUCCCCAUGGGCAGCACCACCUCAAUCCUGCCCCCACUGAGGGACAGCGGCCUGCGUCUAACACCGACCCCCUCCUCAGCGCAGCACCAAGGCUGGAUGUGUGCGUCGGACAGAGGAACCGGCCCACUCUGUUUGUGCUGCGUCAAGUGGGUCGACCCCUCCUGAUCCCCUAGUUUUCACACUGUGUUUCAUACCUGAUUUUAUCGGGUCGUCAGGAAGAUCUGUUAAUUGUAAGACAAGUCCAGUCAGUUCCGUCAUGUUUGACCUGCUGUGGUACUUCAGGGCUGUAUGUCUGGAAAAGCACAACCUGUCUUACAGUGUCUUACCUCUGUUAUGACAUCAUUUCCUGGACCAUUUUGCAUGGUAACCAACUUACAGUUUCAAAGAACCUUAAACCCAGUAUGAACCAAAUAUUGUAUCCAGAAUAUUUGUUAUUCAAAUUCUGAGACGGACUUAAAGAUGUUAAAUUCAGUCUCCGUGUGUUGGCUAAGCUAUGGGCGACUAAAACAUUGAAUAAAACGUUGCUGCUCGAUAAGCAACUGAAAAAUUCUGUUAAAAUAUAGCUGAUAUUAGCCAGACCUUGCUGUUGAGAUGUGGAGCCUAAUUCCUUAUUGUAACAGAAUUGUUCGUGCAUCAAUUGUGCUAAAUUGUCUACAAUUCAGCCAAAGAAACUAAAUAAUCAAGGUUGUAUUAGCCUCACUCUCUUGUGACUGAUUAGCCACCGUAUAUUGAGUCAAACUCAGGUAAGAGGUUAGGUAAGUGACUAUGUAUGUAAGAAAUUAACAGGCUUCAGUGCUUAUACAACCGUUUCAGCCUUACAAACUUUACAUUAAACAUAUGUUUUAAUGUUGCGAUUCUUACUAUGGAUCCGUACAUAACUUUUCUAAUUAAGGGAAAGACUGGAGCUUGUUUUGCAAUUAAUGGAUAUUGUUCCCUCCCAUAUAUAUAAAUAUGCAUCUACGUUUUAUAAUUAAUUUUAAUUGUUGUCCUUGCAUUGUUAGCUUUUUGCCCCCUUUUCUACACAGUUAUUGACCUAAGUAAGGGUAUUUAGUGCAAGUACAUGGGUUUUGAGGGUCACAAUGAAGAGAAUGUCACAGGCCGAUUGUAUGAAAAAGUGGUGAGUCGAGGACUGGGGUAUAGGGGUGUAUCAGGUUAACGUUAAAGAUUAAUAUGAGUAAUUAUGUCCUCGUGGAGAGUCUCAACACCAAAUUUUGACACCGUGAUUAAUACUUGACGUGUAUGUGGUUCACGUUUUGAUUUCUUAGAGCUAACAGUUUCCUUAAGUGCCUUGGAACAAAGACGUUGGCGUAUUCGUCGGUUUGAAGGAUGCUUGAUUUCAUGCGCAUUUUCCAUACCAACGUUAGACAUACUACCACUGACUGUGUGAUCUGAUUGUCCAUAGUUCUGUCAUAUAGUUGAUAUAAUAGUUCCAUCAUAUAGUCGAUAUAAUUUCCCUUGAGUAAGGGUAACUAUCUUAAAAUAAACCAUAUAACUAGCCAAUGAAAGCUAUCAUGUUUUUGUGAUUUGACUUACAUCCCACUUGAAAAUGUUAAACUGUUUAAUUAAAUAUUAGGAGUCUAGUUCUAAACGCAAGUGUCUACGGUUUUUUACUGUCUUGAAAGCUCAGAUUUCUUUUCAACUUGGUGUCUCCCAUAGGGUUGCAAUAUACAGAGUUGGGUAAUUCAGGUCCAGAGAGUAAAAGUCCAGACCGGGUUUUGUUUCAACCAACCAGUUGAGCAUAAAGAGGCAUAUCUCUAUUCAACUGGUUGGUUGAAACAAAAUCCCGGUCUGGAUUUUUACUCUCUGGACCUAAAUUACCCAACUCUGGCAAUAAAGAGGCUAUACAGGCUGGCAUAUUGGCACAAAUGAAAGGGACUACAGCAUACAGUGAUUUACUUUUUUUUGUUUUGACUGUUUUGCUGAUGCACGCACAGAUGUAUGUUGUGAAAUUAGUUAAAUGAAUCAGUGUGGAGUUUUCCUUGCAUUAGCUUGGCUGAAUUUGAUUGUAUAUUUUGUUAGUGCACUUUAUUUAUUGUCUGGUGUCAGACAUUUACAGUCAUUGUGUAGGAAUGAGGGUGUUUUUAAUGAGCUGUCAUUUAUGUCACUUCUGUAUUACUAAAUCCAAAUAUAAAUCACUGUAGUAUUGCAAUGGCCUCACAGUCAAAAUGGGUGGGAUUUUUUUUCAGUCCGAACAGUCGUAACCCACCUCAAAUGACCACUGCCAAUCGGCUGCCUUCGUUUCUUCAUUAUACUGUUAGAACUACAAAUUUACGAAUGUUCAAGCUUGUUUGUUGGAAACUAAUUGGCAGAGGUUGACACAAGCAGUCUAUUGCCCCAAAAAAGAAAGUUAAUUACACAGUAUUAAAUAAGGGCAUUACAUUUGCAUGGAGUGAUGCUGUGUGGCUAAAGACAUUAUGAACAUGAGCGCCCACAACCUAGUUGAUGGAUCGGAGAUGACCUUCCACUCAGUGAUGUCAUUUCCCACUUCCAGUCAGACUUGUCCCAUUUUCAACUGUGCAGCUGUCCCAAUAAAGCAUGUUUUAGCAGUA